CCCUGCUCGAUGCGCUCGGCUCGCGGCUGCGCUGGAGCUCAGUGCGGCGCUGCUGUAGACGAUGGCGACGGACGGCAUGAUCCUCACCAACCAUGACCACCAGAUACGGGUCGGCGUGCUCACAGUGAGUGACAGCUGCUUUCGUAACCUUGCUGAGGAUCGCAGUGGCAUCAACCUCAAAGACCUAGUGCAUGACCCAUCACUGCUAGGAGGAACCAUCUCAGCCUAUAAAAUUGUCCCAGAUGAAAUCGAUGAGAUCAAGGAGACGCUGGUGGACUGGUGUGAUGAGAAAGAACUGAACCUCAUCCUGACCACUGGGGGCACCGGCUUCGCCCCCCGUGACGUCACACCUGAGGCCACUAAAGAGGUGAUCGAGCGAGAGGCUCCAGGAAUGUCUCUGGCGAUGCUGAUGGGCUCUCUGAAUGUGACCCCUCUGGGCAUGCUGUCCAGGCCUGUGUGUGGCAUCCGGGGGAAAACACUCAUCAUCAACCUGCCAGGCAGCAAGAAGGGCUCACAGGAGUGUUUCCAGUUCAUCCUGCCCGCUCUGCCCCAUGCCAUUGACCUGCUGCGUGAGGCCGUGGUUAAAGUGAAGGAGGUGGUGAACGAGCUGGAGGAUUUGCCCUCUCCCCCACCACCCCUUUCUCCGCCCCCAGCCUCCAGCCCUCACCGCCAAACUGAGGAUAAAGGAGUGCAGUGUGAGGAGGAAGAGGAGGAGAAGAAGGACAGCGGCGUCGCUUCUGCCGAGGACAGUUCAUCCUCACACAUCACAGCCGCGUCCAUCGCCGCCAAGAUUCCAGACUCCAUCAUCUCCCGGGGAGUGCAGGUUUUGCCCCGGGAUACGGCGUCCCUCAGCACCACGCCCUCGGAGUCUCCUCGGGCCCAGGCCACAUCACGCCUCUCCACGGCCUCCUGCCCCACGCCCAAAGCGCGGCUCCCCUCCUGUUCAUCCACCCUAAGCAUUGCUGAGGCCUCACGGAGAGAGUUCAGGGCACAUCUGGAUGAGGUCAUCACGCUCAAGUCAAGGUACUCUACCUUGGACCAGCUCCAGUGUAGGUUGGAGGUGCUUAAAGAUGAUCGAAGGAGCCAUAGGACCUUCAGCUCACGAGUGCAGUCACGAUGCAGCAGCAAAGAAAAUAUUUUACGGGCGAGUCACAGUGCAGUGGACAUCACUAAGGUUGCCCGGAGGCACCGUAUGUCCCCCUUCCCCCUGACCUCCAUGGAUAAAGCCUUCAUCACUGUGCUGGAAAUGACCCCAGUGCUGGGCACAGAGAUUAUCAACUACAGAGGAUCUCUCACUGUCUCUCUUUCAGAUGGAAUGGGUCGAGUUUUGGCUCAGGACGUUUAUGCCAAAGACAACCUGCCUCCCUUUCCCGCCUCUGUGAAGGACGGCUACGCUGUACGAGCUGCUGAUGGUCCUGGUGAUCGUUUCAUUAUUGGAGAAUCACAGGCUGGAGAGCAGCCUACACACACAGUGAUGCCCGGUCAGGUGAUGCGGGUGACGACAGGUGCUCCUAUCCCCUGUGGUGCUGAUGCUGUGGUACAGGUGGAGGAUACAGAGCUGCUGAGAGAGUCUGAGGAUGGCACAGAGGAGCUGGAAGUGCGCAUUCUUGUGCAAGCACGUCCAGGACAGGACAUCAGGCCCAUUGGUCAUGAUAUAAAGCGUGGCGAGUGUGUGUUGGCCAAAGGCACACAUAUGGGCCCCUCAGAGAUCGGCCUGCUGGCCACAGUGGGGGUCACUGAGGUAGAGGUGCACAAAUUCCCCGUAGUGGCUGUGAUGUCCACAGGAAAUGAGCUCCUGAACCCAGAGGACGACCUGCACCCUGGUAAGAUCCGCGACUCCAACCGCUCCACACUGCUGGCCACCAUCCAGGAGCAUGGAUACCCCACCAUCAACCUCGGCAUUGUGGGAGACAACCCGGAUGACCUUCUGAACGCCCUGAAUGAAGGAAUAAGCCGUGCUGACGUCAUCAUAACCUCAGGGGGCGUGUCCAUGGGGGAGAAGGACUACCUGAAGCAGGUGCUUGAUAUUGACCUCCAUGCUCAGAUCCAUUUUGGACGUGUCUUUAUGAAACCAGGUCUCCCCACAACAUUUGCAACUUUGGACAUGGAUGGUACACGAAAGCUUAUCUUUGCGCUACCAGGUAGGGAUGGUAAUCCUGUGUCAGCCGUCGUCACGUGUAACCUCUUUGUCAUCCCUGCCUUGAGGAAGAUGCAGGGAAUUUUGGACCCCCGGCCCACCAUCAUCAAAGCCAGGUUGUCCUGUGAUGUAAAACUUGACCCGCGUCCUGAGUAUCACCGAUGUAUUUUGACAUGGCACCAUCAGGAGCCCCUGCCAUGGGCCCAGAGCACAGGGAACCAGGUGAGCAGCAGGCUAAUGAGCAUGCGCACCGCCAAUGGCCUCCUCAUGCUACCUCCCAAGACAGAGCAAUACGUGGAGCUGCACAAGGGUGAGGUGGUGGACGUCAUGGUCAUAGGGCGGCUAUGAUGUCAUCAAAGACGGAUGGAGGAGCGGAUGGAAGACCACAGAGCGAGGGUGGUUCACGGUGCAUGCCCACAUAUCAUUGACUAUCUCUGUAAUAUGCAAUGGCACAGCUAGUUUUUAUUGAUUUGGAUAACGUUGAAGUAUAGUCAACAUCUUGAUCACAGAACUAGAUACGUUAAAAAAAAAAAAAAGAAAAAAAGAAAAAAAGCGUUAAAAAGAUUCUAGUAUUUCAAAAAAAUAUAACUUUUAAGUAAAAAAAAGUCUAAUUAUAAAAGAGAUUUAUUCUGUAAUAUAUUAUUAUUACUCUUAUUAUUAUUAAUUAUUAUCAUUAUUCUUCAUUAUUAUUAUAUUAAGACAACUUUGUUCUUUUCAUUGCAAUUGCUUUGUGUGUUCAAUGCUAGACCUUAUCGAUAGCUGUAGCAUUUUAAUAGAAAGCAGUAGGUGCCUGCCAGGAUUUAACAAAAAAAAAUCUAUUAUUUCCUCAUCUUAACGAUAAAAAAAAAACAGAUGAAGAAAUGAAAUCUGUUUUUUUGAGAAUGGGGGAAAAACAAGUACAAAACAAGUACGAAAUCCGUGUGUGGUACUACUGGAAAGUGGCACUUUCUGUCUCGGGUGUCACUGGCGUGACACUUCUGUUCUUUCUCCCAUUAGUAUGCAUCAUUAUGGCUUCACAAAGAGCUUUGCUUGUUGUUUAUCUUGUGAGUCUUGUUUAUGUACGCAGUGCCAAAAGCGAGGGCGGGUGAAGGUUGUGCUUUGGGGGAACACAAACCGGCCGCCCAAUCCCUGAAGCUUCCUUAUAAUCACCUGACCUGGUGAAGCCCUUCCCCUUCCCCAGGGGGCGGAGCCACUGGAUAAACUUUUAUUUGAAUAAAUUCAAAAAGAAGAGAGAAAGAGAGAAAAAAAAACGACUAAAACAGCUUCUUUAAGUGCUGAAAGCCUUUUUAACCUACUACACAAAAAUGUACAGUUAAAAAAA